UUCACUCUCGAAGAAGUUUCGGUCUAUGAAUGAUUAAACGCAUUCUUGAUGUAAAAAUGAAGCGCCGCGCAACCGCCGCUGUGACGCGCAAAACCUGCAUCCGCUUUUUCUGUUCCUCUCCGCGCAAAGGUGCGCAACACCACGAGUGGGUGGAUUCCAUGACAACUGCCCCAAAAUCAAAGCAUGCGGAGCAGAAUUACAUCACAGGCUCAUGCCGGGCUGGGUCUGCCCAUUCUGCAAGGUGUAAUCACAGGGUUUUCUCGUGGGAACUCCUUUGGAGAGACUUUUCCUGCGGAGAGGUUUUACGCAUCCAUCGCCCCGGGAUAUAAUGGAGGGGACCUACAGAUGACGCUUCUGUUUAUAACAAGGCAGAAACUCUCUGUGUAGAUCUGUUUUACUGCUUUCCCAGCGAAACAUUUUAAGGAGUUUGUAUGUGGAGAACAGAUCGUCCAGAAAUGCGGAGCUGGGAUUACUCUCCAAUCCCUACGCGUCGCUUAAUUCUUUUUCUGAUGUCAUAUUUUAUUUUAUUGCCUUGUUUGCAGUGCGCUCGAUCGCGCAGAAAGCCACCUGGUAUUGACCUGUUAGUUUUCGGAGAGUCCAACAGUUCAACUCAGAAAGUUCUCACAACAGAUGGCAGGCAGUGCAAGUUUCCUUUUCGCCUUGGCGGGACAAUUUAUCACCAGUGUAUUCCUCUGAACUCUAACUCUAAGACCUGGUGUUCUCUCACUCACAACUUCGACCGUGACCGUCAGUGGGGAUUGUGUAGUCCACGCACACGCCUGUUUAAUAGGUUUCUUCCUAUUCACAGGGAUCCGGGAAUCUGUCGAUCAAACCCGUGUUAUAAUGGUGGCGUGUGUGUCGAAGCUGAUCUGCAGUCAUUUGAGUGUGUGUGUCCCGACGGCUUUAGUGGUGCCCUGUGUGACAACAACAACUGCUACGAACCCCUGCAUCUGAAGUACUAUGAUAUCGGAGAAUCGUGGGGACGGAUCUACAUGAGGAACGUAGAGCUGUGCACGUGCCUCAGCGUGGGGGUGACCUGCGAGCGUACACGUUACACAGCAUGCUUGAGAAACAGCUGUGCCAAUGACGGAGUCUGUAGAAUGAUCGAGGCCACUAGUGAAGAGGUGUGUGGGUGCACAUCGGGAUACAUUGGACAGUACUGUAACAUCAACCCAGCAGAGCAAUGUUACCGUGAUUCAGGCGAACUGUACCGUGGCAUAUCCAACACCACAGUGUCUGGACAGUCGUGUCUGCCGUGGAACUCUGACCUGCUGUAUGAUGAGCUGACAGUAGAUACAGUAGACAGCGCCCCCCUCAGGGGGUUAGGGGCACACUCCUUCUGCAGGAGCCCAGAUCGAGAUAAGCUGCCGUGGUGUUACACAAUGACAGGCAGAUUCAUUUCCUGGGAGUACUGCGAUGUCCCACGCUGCUCCAAACGACCAUCCACCCGGCGAGGACCAGUUAUUCCAAAUCCACCACGACCGUCUCGUUCCCCUGCUAGGACACCGGUGUGCGGUAAGAGACACGAGAAGCGGGUGAGUCGGGGGCGAAUCAUGGGCGGAACAUCUGCACUGCCUGGUGCUCAUCCCUGGAUGGCAGCGUUGUACAUUGGAGAUGAGUUCUGUGCAGGCACGCUGGUUUCCUCCUGCUGGAUCGUAUCAGCCGCUCACUGCUUCCUGCGCAAUCCAUUAUUGUCCAAGAUUCGGGUUGUUCUCGGACAACAUUCUUUUAAUGACACGGGUCCCAAUACCAGAACGUUUGGAGUUGAGAAGUACAUUUUACACCCGCGUUACACUCAGUACCAGCCCACCUUAAAUGACAUUGUGUUGUUGAAGCUGAAAAAGGCAAACGGACGUUGUGCUCAGAAAACACAGUUCAUCAGACCGAUCUGCGUGCCGGUGAAAGACAUGACGUUCCCGGAUAACACGUGCUGUAAAAUCUCUGGAUGGGGUCAUAUGCACGAAAAGGCAAACUCGUACUCUAACCUGAUGGAGGGAGUGGUGAAGAUCAUUCCCUUAGAGCGGUGUUCGUCUCCAGAGAUGUAUGGCUCAGAGAUCCGCCCUGGAAUGGUGUGUGCUGGAAGUGACUCUUGUGUGGAUGCCUGUCAGGGAGACUCUGGUGGUCCUCUAGCUUGCCAGUGUGAAGGAGUGAAUUUCCUUUAUGGCAUCAUCAGUUGGGGAGAUGGAUGUGGCCGGUCGGGAAAACCAGGCGUCUACACUCUAGUUCCCAAAUAUUCUGACUGGAUAAACAGCAUCAUCAAAUCAUCCAAGAAAAAUACACCCCAAAACAGAUCAGCCAGUACAAACGUUUGUACUGGAAACCACUGCUGAAGAGAACCUGUAAACGACUGUGAAUGUAUUAUUUUAAGUGUUAGGUUAGACUUUUCAUUACGUUGGUCAUGUAACUGUGUAAGUACUGAAUGAUAUUAAUGAAUAUACUGAACUUUUCGUUAUUUUGUGGUGCUGCUGGCAAUUACACGUUUUAAUGGCAUUUAUUGUAUUUAUGGUACAUGUAUGACGUACAAUGUAAUGUUAGUGUUAUGUAAUAUUUGUUUUUAAAUUAAAUAGUUAUGAACUAGUGUUUGUACAGGCUAUAGGGGCCUGACUGGAGAAAAGAGAAAAUAUGUCAGUGCAUUGUUGUAUCACUCAAUGUGUAUGGUUUAGAACAGUCGUUACAUUCUUUAUAAACUAUAUGAUUUACUUUUAAGCAUGUGUUAUAAUAUGAAAUUUAACCAGUUUCGUCUUUCUAUUCCUUUGCCAAAGAGCCAAUGCUUUUUCGAAAAACAUUAGUUGUAAAAAUUAUUAUAAAUAAUUACAACAGCUUCAGGUCACAAGGACCCCUCGUGUCAUCAUGCUUUUGCAUUAGUCCAACAUACAUGCAACAUGUGUGUUCCAGUAGCACAACUGGUAGAGCUUUGCACUAGUAGCGCAUCUGGGUUUGAUCCCAGGUAACACGCAUACUAAUAAAAGACACCGUAAUGUAUUCUUUUGCCAGGUUUAAAGAAUCAGAUUAAACCAGACAUUUAUAAACGUUCUUAUAGACAAGAGAGAAGUACCUAAACUGGUAAAUACAGAUAUUCUUAAAACACACUUGUCAUCUGUUCAUAUUUCAGUUAUUAAAAGAAUUUGAGAAACUCAUACGAUUGUCCCAGACUUGAGAAAUGAAUUUUAUUUAACUCUGAAAUGAACUCACCACUUGAAACAGAAGAAAAAUGACUGCCCACUCUUAAACUAACAAAUUCAUUCAUGAGUACACCAUUACUAAAAGAUUACACAUUGUAAAGAAAAGUGUGUCACUACCAGGGCUGGGAAGGUUACAAUUCAAAAAGUGUAUAUACCCCAGCUCCGGGAUACUUCACCCAAAAAUGAAAAUUCUGUCAUCAUUUACUCACCUCCGAGUUGUUCCAAAUCUGUAUACAUUUCUUUGUUCUGAUGAACACAGAGAAAGAUAUUUGGAAGAAUGCUUAUAACCAAACAGAUUUUGCCCCCCAUUGACUCCCAUAGUAGGAAAAAAUACAACGGUGGUCAAAAGUGCCCCAGAACUGUUUGCUGUCCUACAUUCUUCAAAAUGUCUUCUUUUGUGUUCAACACAACAACAAAAAUGAUAAAGUAAUUUAUGGGAGUCAAUGGGGGUCGAGAUCUGUUUUGUUAUAAGCAUUCUUCCAAAUAUCUUUCUCCAUGUUCAUCGGAACAAAUAAAUGUAUACACAAUGAUUGAAUUAAAUAAAUGAUUUGUUGAAUUUAGUUGUAUGCUCAUUUUAGUUA